CUGGGCUUGCCUCUUUCAAGCAGCCAACUGAGCUUUGUUUUCUUGCCUUGCAGUCCUUCCAGGGCAGCCAAGGACGAGCGUACCUCUUCAACUCCGUAGUUAACGUGGGCUGUGGCCCUGCAGAGGAGCGGGUGUUAUUAACGGGGCUGCACGCCGUGGCAGAUAUUUACUGUGAAAACUGCAAAACCACGCUGGGCUGGAAAUAUGAACACGCUUUUGAAAGCAGCCAGAAGUAUAAAGAAGGCAAAUACAUCAUUGAACUAGCUCACAUGAUCAAGGACAACGGCUGGGAUUGAGUGGUGAGAGCCCAGCCCUAGCAGCACGUCCGAAAAUGCCAUCCAACCGAACAUUAUAUCCGAGAGUGAGAGAGUGACUGAACGCUUGGUUCCAUGCAUUUAGAGGCUCUGCAAAUCCGGGAGCAUCUUCACACCCUUUCUCCAUCUUUAUUGGUGACUGGCCUCUAAAUUUCUGUCUCUCUGUCUCUUUGCUUUGUCUCUGUUUGUGAGUUGACCCUGGCUGCUUCUCUCUCUGUGUCGCGGCGUCGGCUCGGAGAAUGCACCGACGGCCCGACAGCCAUUCCAUGUGCCGAGUGCUGAUCCCAGCCUAACUCAGGAUGGGCCUGACUGGGCUCUCCUGGCACCUCCCAGGAGCUCUCGGGGCGGGAGGAAACCCCAAAACCCCCCGAGGUUUGGGCACGACGAAGUUUGAGAGGGGUUUAGGUCGGAAUCUGACUCUGGUUUAAGUGAGGCUUGAAACCAUCUCCUUGUCUAAACGGACAAAGAAACAUCCGUAGAGAAAUAAUCCACUUGUCUAAAAAAAAAAAAAAAAGGACGGAGAAAUAAUCCACUUGUCUGAAAAAAAAGGACAGAGAAAUGUCUCCUUGUGUGGUGAAAGGACAGAAAUUACCUCACGGCUGCGUUUUCUCUCCGAAUCCCGAAUCCGUCGGCGGAGGCGAGGCAGAACCAGUUCCCCCCACAAUCUGUGUUUUGUUUGCUGUUUGUGAGCUCGUUGUUGGAGGGGCAGGAGCUGGAGGCUGUAUUUUAGAAUUCAGAGAUUCCCUGCCUCUCCUUUCUCUCGCUGUUUCAGGGUGGGGAGGCGGCUGUGGGGAGCGCCCUCAUGGCUGGAAAAACCAAAUCCUGACUCUUCUUGAGCCCUUCAGAGAGGAGGAAAAAACCACUUCAGGCGUGGGGAAGCUGCAGCUGCAGUUUAGGAAAGGAGAAUGGGGUGAGCAAAGGCUGUGAGAGGCAAAAAAUGAGAAAUUCCCUAGAGGAGAAUGGGGAUGAACAGUAACAGAGGGAACCCCUGGAUUUCCUGGCCUCCCCUGAGCACCCUUUGGGGGUGUUUUAGCAAAUUUUCCCAAGUGCAAGGAGGAAAAUGCUGUUGCAGAAGCUUUUUUUUUGAAUGCCAGGCCCUGCUGUGGGAGCCUGGCACGGGUGUGGUGCGAGAGCGGGGAGAGGAGGAGCUGAAUCCCCAAAGGUGGAUAUUCCCAGCCCUGAGGGAUCCUCCCCAAAUCCUUCCCCUUUUUCCCACUCCCUGAAGCUGUGAAAAAAAAACAAA